AUGUCCACCAAUGUUGGGUCCGCCAAUACCAAGUCUGGCGACCAUGGACCUGAUAUCAUGACCACUGCCGCAACCGAGACGGUCCUUACUGAAAAGAACACUGUCAGCGUGGAUCAAGAGCAGACUAAAGCUGAAGGCACAGACUAUGAAAAGCAUGCCCAAACCGACUUGACCAACCACGCCUCGGAGCGAGAACCCACACAAGAUGAAGUCUACCGAACAGCAUCUACAGUGGCCCCGUCUCACAGAUCAGCCCAAAGAGACCCUGUCAGUCGCGUCACGACGGAUGCAGAAGGCAACACCUACCCCGAGGGUGGCCUCCAAGCAUGGUUGGUAGUGCUAGGUAGCUUCCUCGGCCUAUUUGGGUCGCUUGGGCUGGUCAACACCAUAGCCACCUUCCAAGCCUAUAUCCAAACCCAUCAGCUGAAAGAAUACAGUGCUGGAAGUAUUGGAUGGAUCUUUGGAAUGUUCGCAUUCCUGACCUUCUUCUGCGGAGUACAAAUCGGUCCUAUUUUCGACGCACGUGGCCCACGCCUCCUCGUAUUCGCAGGCUCCGUUUUUGAAAUGGCCAUGAUCAUCCUUGUUGGUUUCUGCACUGAAUAUUGGCACUUCAUGCUGGUUAUUGGUGUUCUGGGUGGAGUCGGAGCCUCUCUCAUCUUCACCCCGGCCAUCUCGGCGAUCGGCCAUUUCUUCUAUGAGAAACGUGGAGUCGCAACUGGAAUGGCUGCUACCGGUGGUUCCAUUGGAGGAAUCGCCUUUCCUUUGAUUUUGGAAAGCCUAUUUCCCAAGAUUGGCUGGGCUUGGGCGACCCGGGUUGUUGCUUUGAUCUGCUUGGUUGUACUGGGGCUCGCAAACCUUCUCAUCAGAUCUCGUCUGCCCCAGAAGCCAUUCUCCAAGGAGAAUAUUCUCCCUGAUUUUCGCAUCUUCCGCGAUUCUCGGUUCGCAUUUACGACUGCUAGUGUCUUCUUCAUCGAAUGGGGUCUCUUCGUGCCGAUUAGUUAUAUCUCAUCCUACGCUCUCGAUCACGGGUUCUCAACUCAGUUCUCCUAUCAAAUCAUCGCCAUCCUGAAUGCCGGUUCAUUCUUUGGCCGAUGGCUUCCAGGCUUCUUUGCCGAUUUCCUGGGUCGCUUCAACACCCUUAUUGCAACAGUAGCGCUCUGCCUACUCUGCAAUGCCUGCCUGUGGCUUCCAGCGGGGAGUAGUAUGGCCCUACUGAUUGUAUACUCCGCACUUUUCGGUUUCUCCAGUGGAAGUAACAUCAGUUUGACGCCUGUCUGUGUCGGCCAACUCUGCAAGACCGAAAACUACGGCCGGUAUUACGCUACUGCCUACACCAUUGUCAGCUUCGGUACUCUGACCGGAAUUCCCAUCGCCGGUGAAAUCCUAUCGCGCUGCAAUGGUUCAUACUGGGGUCUGAUCACAUUCACUAUCGUCUGCUACGCGGCUGGUCUGGCAUGUUGCACCGCCGUAAAGGUUAUUGAGGUUGGCUGGCGUAACCCCCUCGCAAUCUACUAA